GUUGGGGAACACCCGGCGAUUCUGGCGGCUGCUUCCUGGUGGCGCAGAGAGCCCGCGUGUUUGGGAGUGCGUGUGUGUGCGAAGUUCUCCGGGUAAGUGUGCCAGCGCGCGCCUGGGUGUGUGCAAGGGUGUGAGCGUGCACACGUGGGCACGGGCGUGUGCGCGCGGGGGCGCCCGGCUGGAUGUGUGCACACGAGUGUGUGCCGGCCCGCGUGCCCCUGCGUGUGUGUGCGCGCUCGCGUGCGCUCCCGAGCGGGUCCCGGGUGGGAGUCCGAGAUCCCGCCCCCUCCCCAGCCCCGGCGCCCCUCCCCGUCCCCCGCCGCCGCGCCGGCUGCAUCCUCGCCUCCACCUCGCUCACCCGCUCCUCCCCGCACUUUCUCGGCGCUCCCUCCCUCUCGGCUCGCACAGCUCGACUCCGCGCUCUCCUCGCCGGCCGCCGCCGCCCAGCCUGCGCCCGCCGUCCCCCCCAGUGCCUGGGCACCUGUUGGAGGCAGAGGCAGGGGUGCUGCAUGAGGGGCCGCAGGGGCGAUCGCAUGACCAUCAACAUCCAGGAGCACAUGGCCAUCAACGUGUGCCCCGGGCCCAUCCGGCCCAUCCGCCAGAUCUCUGACUACUUCCCCCGGGGACCAGGACCUGAAGGGGGCGGCGGGGGCGGCGGGGAGGCCCCCGCCCAUCUGGUCCCCCUGGCUCUGGCCCCCCCUGCAGCCCUCCUUGGGGCCACCACGCCUGAGGAUGGUGCGGAGGUGGACAGCUAUGACUCGGAUGAUGCCACCGCCAUGGGCACGCUGGAAUUUGACCUUCUCUACGACCGGGCCUCCUGCACUCUGCACUGUAGCAUCCUCAGGGCCAAGGGCCUCAAGCCCAUGGAUUUCAAUGGCCUCGCCGACCCCUACGUCAAGCUGCACUUGCUGCCUGGAGCCUGUAACGUAACAACAGCCUCCUCUCGCCCCGCCCGGCCCAGCCCAUGACUCCAGCCUGUGGGGCUGGAGGACAGGUAUUGAGAACCUUUCAUCCCCACAUCCCAGGCCAAUAAGCUAAAAACGAAGACUCAGAGGAACACACUGAAUCCCGUGUGGAAUGAGGACCUGACUUACAGUGGGAUCACAGAUGACGACAUCACGCACAAGGUGC